GUUUCACGUCGGUGUCGGACUUGUUAACAACAACCGGCCGAAAAGUUGCUCUUCCUUUGAAACGCUUUGACUUAUUUUUAUGACUCAAUAAUUAGUGUUUACACAUUUAUACACGUGUGGUGAGCCGCUCUGCUACAAAACUGAUUAUAUUAAUUAUAAUUUUAACCAAAGAAAAGUUAGGUUGUUCCUGCUCCGCCCGAAGUGCAGUUUAGUUCCAGUGCUCUCCAAAAAGAUCUAACUGAUCUCAGACCAGUCAGAGACGGUGGUGGAGCGCUUGGAGGCCAGGUUUCUCAUCAAAUACUGGCCCGAGAUCAAGCUUUUGAGAUACAUCCCUCGGAAGUGUGUCUGGUGGGGAUGGAGGCCAGCGCUGACCCUGCAGACGACGUCCUUCUCAAGCGUCCGUGGCUUUCUGUGAACAUCAGCAGCUGCCAGCUCCUCUCCAAGACCUGGUUUGGUGAAACGUCAUACCGCGUCCUGCUUACUGACAUGCACUGUGUGUGGGAGGAGAGGAUGGACGCAGCGUCCAUCCACAGUAGAGCCCAGGAGCUGAACCCCCGUCUGCGAGCGUCGGUCGGAGCUUUUUUCUCCCACCUGUGCGAGGUAGCUGAGCCUUGCUUGUCAGGAAGAGCUGGAGCUGCUGAAUGUGAGGUUCAGGUUUUCCUGAAUCGAAAGGAUGAUGGAAACAUCCAUGUGAAGCUGAAGAGUGAGCUGGCAGGGUUACCCUUUCACUGGGAGUUCAUCUGCAGCCCUGCUCCUGUUGCUUUGGUGUGUGUUCAGCUUGUGCGCCCCCUACUGGUGAUGAGCCGCCUGCUGCAACAGCAGGUGGAGCAGCUGGGAGGUCUACUGGCUCGGAAGGAUGCAGAGAUUCAAGACUAUAGAGAGAAUGGAGCCACGCUCAGCAGAGAACGCCUGCAGACAGAUGUUUUUGAGAGUCAAACCUACAGGGAGAGCUUCAUGUCACAGACUCUUCCGCUGCUCUGGUCUGAACGCUCCGAUGCUCUAGGCUUCGACUCAGACCUUCAGCAGCUGUAUGCCAACGUUGUUGCUCACAGAAGUUCACGAAAACGUAAACUGUCAUCAGAGACCUGUGCUGUGGAGGACCGACCUGCUGCUGAAAAACCUGCUGAGACUUCAUCAGCAGCAGCAUCAUCAUCAUCAUCAUCAUCAUCAUCAUCAUCAUCAUCAGCAGCAGCAGCAUCAUCGGAUGUCAGAUCUGUCAGCAGGGAUCAAAACCACGACCAGGAAGUUCAAACGACCAACAACAAAUCAGCAAACAGACCCACAACACAGCAGUCCCUUCACAUCAAGCCCGGCGCUGUGGAGCGACCAACGUCCAAACCAAAGCAGAAGAAAGUGGGACUGUUCCGAUGAGUCCAGCAGAACACAAACACAUUCAGAAGUCCAUUCACAAAACCCUGGUUUUUACUUCCACACGUCAUUUUAAAACACUUAUUUUAAACUCCUCCAAUAUUUUUAACACAAUGCACUGAAACAAAUGUUUACAACUUUUAAAUUUAGAUAAAAUCAUGAAUUAUUAAAUGUUCCUGUCUUUGGUGAAUGUGAUCAUCAGGCUCAGUUUUAGAUGUUUCAGAUCGUCUGUUCAAUUUUAAUGUUUUAGAUAGUCUGCCUUCAUUUUGUUUUAAUUUAGUAUCAUAAAAACUUUCAAUUAAAGGUUUCAAAUAUAUUUAAA